AUGAAUCAAGAAAAUCUCUCAAGCUCCGAUCUUUCCCUUCUUGAAUCUAUAAGCCAACAUCUUCUCAAUGAUUAUGAUUUCUCCGAUGUACUUUCGACGAAGAGUUCGUCCUAUGAAUUAACUGAUUUCACUGACAGUCAUAAUUCAAGUUUCGAUUUUUCUGAUAUGUUAUUGAGGACGAAUUCGUCCUAUGAAUUAACUGAUUCCACCAAUUCGUCACAUGAAUUGACUGAUUUCACCAAUGAUCAUGACUCAAGUUCACACAUGGGGAACGAGGGGCGUGCGGUGGCGCGUGAAUCAGAGGCGGCCGGGGACUGGAGGAGGUUCCGAGGGGUGCGGCGGCGGCCGUGGGGGAAGUUUGCGGCGGAGAUAAGGGACCCAGAGCGGCGGGGAUUCAGGAUAUGGCUCGGCACGUACGAGAAGCCGGAGGAUGCGGCAUUGGCUUAUGACCGAGCCGCAUACAAGAUGCGCGGCUCUCGGGCGGUCCUCAAUUUCCCGCACCUUAUCGGCAGCCCCGACGCGCCGGAGCCGGUGAGAGUGAGGCCUAGGAGACGGCUGCAAUCUUCGCCGCCGCAUGCGCCGCCGUCGUCUUCAGUCGGAAGCCAGUCUCCGAUGAAGAGGAGGAGAAAGAUUGAGUUAAUAAACGCCGUAGCCAAAGCCAAUCUCAUGAACGCAAUUUCUGGAAUCCAACUCGGACACAGUCCACUUCUAACUCCAAAGUUUUAG